AUGCGUAGUGCAACAUAAGAGGAACUAAAAUAGAGAGCCAAAUUUAAUGAAAUUUCUUCAGGAGAGGAGGAAAUACUAUCAGAUUCAGAGGAAGAGUGUGAUCCAGAAAAUUAUAAUUUUUUAAUGUCUCAAGUUGAUUUGGCAGCAUUAACUUAUGGAAUUGUUUAAGAGGAUCAAAAAGGAUAAGAAAUAAAUUUAAGAGAGAGAGUUAGUACUCAGCAACUAAAAUAGGAAGUCAAUUAGGUAAAUCAACAUAUUAGUGGAAAUCACUAAAAUAUAACUAGUGUACCUAAUCCAAUAAAAUUGCUAGUUUCAAAAUAAAAGAGAAGAUAUAAUUAUAAUGGAUUUAAUUUAGAUCUAACUUGUAUUAUUGUUUAUUAAUUAUAGAUAUUACUGAAAAGAUAAUAGCAAUGGGUUUUCCAGCUGAGAAUAUUGAAUCAAUUUAUAGAAAUUCAAUGUAAGAUGUAAGAAGAUUUUUUGAUUCUGUACAUCCUGGACAUUAUAAAGUGUACAAUCUUUGUGAAGAAAGAAAAUAUGAUCAUUCAAAUUUUAAUUAAGUAGCAGAGUUUCCUUUUUAAGAUCAUUAGGCUCCNUUAUACUUCUAGAAUUGA